GUCCCUCUUUGUCCGGUGGCGACAGAAGGCCAUGAUAAUUAUGGCAAAAUUUGCGUUUUUGAAUGAAUUAUAGUUGAAUGGUGGAUCAUCAAGCAUACACCGUGUGAGGACUGGUUUGCUGGCAAUGACACACCAGAGAGUUUCAAUUUAAAGGACAGCAGAGCAAGCAACGGAGAAAGGUCAUAUUAGCUAAUGGCUGCCGAAUCGGGGAGACUACUGGCGGGACAAGGAAAACGCAAAGCUUCACAGAUGAAGAGCCCGGAGAAGAAGAAGGCAAGGAAAUCAACCACUCAGGCGGCGGGGUUCUCUCACCUCACUGAGUUUGCACCCCCUCCUACACCUAUGGUGGACCACCUGGUUGCCUCCAACCCCUUUGAUGAUGACUUUGGGCCCCCAUCCCGACCUAGCGGGGCAGGUGGACCAGGUGGUGCUCCGUUUCUUCCCAGCCCAGGCGCAGGUGGAGGAGGUGGGUAUGGAGGUGGAGGCAGAAUGGGCGGAGGCAUGGGCUUCAUGGGAGGCCCAGGAGGACCAGGUGGCGGCCAGCCUGGACGGAGGCCACCGUUUGGCCCUCCAUCCAAUGCUGGACCUCACCACCAGCUAGGCUUUGGAGGAAUGCCUGGCUUUGGAGGUGGUGGUGGGGGUGGCAGUGGGGGAGGAGGGGGUGGUGGUGGAUUUCCCCCUGGUGGCCCUUCUCAGUUCAAUAUGCCACCAAACUUCAGUCCACCCAUGCACCCUGGGCCAGGAUUCAAUCCCAUGUUGUCUCCAGGGGGUAUGGGAGGUCCCGGAGGAGGAGGGCCACCCCAUCCUCGGUUUGGCAUGCCUCCACAGCAGCAGCAUGGACAGGGUGGACAUCCAUUCAACAGCCCACCAUUACCUGGUGGUGGAGGUCCGAGAGGGCCACAUGGCCCCCUCCCUCCUAUGGGAGGAGGCAUGGGUCCUGGGAUGAACAUGAUGGGUGGCAUGGGUGGUGGCCCUGGAGGCAAUAUGGUAGGUGGGUUGCCAGGUAUGCCCCCUCAAGGACAGUUUCCUCCCUCACAGGAUGGCCCCUACCCAGGUCCCAGUCCACCAGGACCAGGCAACGAGGAUGGAAAGAAUUUUGGUGGAGGAGGGGCACCGCCUGGGCCUGGGUCAGGGCCAGGGCCGCAGCAGCAGCAACAGCAGCAGCAACAGCUUAGCCUAAAUCCCAAUGGUCCUCCUCCUAAUAAUACCACUCCUGGCCCUCCUCCUAACUCUGGCCCACCACAGCCUGGGGGCGGCUUCCCUGGCCACCCUGACGUCCAGCAGCCCAAUGCCAAUACACCUGGUCAGCCUCCCUCAGCACCGCCACAGCCUAACCCCAACUCUUCUCCCACUGGUCCACUGAAUGGAUCAGGCCAGCCCCAGCAUCCACCACCCAGUCAACUACAGCCCCCCAGCAAUACAAACACCCCGAACUCUAAUAACUCUACCCAGCAGCAGCAACAGCAGCAGCAAUCCACUCCACCUAACUCUGCCCCUGGCUCCACGCCUUACAACCAGCAGAAUAACACUCCUGGUGCUGGUGGUCCAAUGCCAAAUGCCGCCCCCAAUUCAGGUCAGAACAACAUGACCAACAACAAUGGAGGCAACACUCCUGGCAGCAACCCCAACCCCCCCUCUAACUCCACUUCGACCCCAAACACCCAGUCUCCCCUGCCCCCUGGUCCUGCUGCCCCCUCAACUGGGCCGGGCUCUGGCCCCGGAAAACUUGGUGGCCCCGGUAUGGUCUUCCCCUGCGGCCUUUGUAUGGCGGAGGUGCACGAUGACCAGGACGCCAUCCUUUGCGAGGCAUCAUGUCAGCGCUGGUUCCACCGUGACUGCACGGGCCUGACAGAGCCAGCGUACGGGCUGCUGACUCGAGAGAGUGCUGCUGUUUGGGCCUGUGACUUCUGCAUCAAGACCAAGGACAUUCAGGCUGUGUUUGUGCGCCAGGGAUUAGGCCAGCUGGUGGCAGCUAAUGAGAGUUGAGGAGUGGAAGACAAAGGAGCAGCAUGGAGGUGCGACACGUAAGGACAAAUAGAGACAUCUUUGUUCUGAUCUAACUGAAUGACCUGUGUGUCAUGUCAGCUACUUGCCCAGUUUUCUCUUGACUAGCCCUUUACUUGUUCACUACACAGAGAAACACACUCAUUGACAUUCAUGCUUAUAUACAGCACUUUGAGUGACUCUAGGACUCUCGGCAAAUGACCCCCCCCCCCCCACCCACCCUGAUAGGAGUCAAAUCAUGAUGAAUGUUAAACUACACAGUCCUUCAGACAUCUAGCUUGCCAACCAGCAAAGCACUGACACCAACACACUACCUCACACACUUUGUGACUGACUGGCACGGAAGCUCCCGCACUGACUGACUGUGAUUGACUCACCACACUCACGCACCACACCACAGGAGCGUGAUGGUAUUUCAAGCACACACUUAUACACACACAAAUCCACGUUGGGCGGUUUUGAUGCAGUGACUCAAAGUAUCAACUUUAUUCUUUGAUUUCAUGGCUUUAAAUUAAAACAAUAUAUGAAUUCUUAAAAAUUAUAUUUGAAAUAUUUGAUAUCUAAUAUUUUAAAGAGUCCCUAAAAAGCUAAAGGGGACUCGCUUGUUAAUUGAUUCACAGCUUUAUUUGCCAUCAAAAUGUUUCAUUCUAGCACUGCCCUAUCACAGUUGGCCUUUUUUUCUGGAAGCAAGUGAAGGAAAAUGGGGGGAAAAAUACAUCAGUAUAUUCCAAUGUAAACUGUCAAGUAUCAGGCGUAUUGUAAAUGUCAAGUGAGAAAAAAAAAUCUGUUUUAAGUACUUUUGAUAAUUCCUACACAUGCACACAUACUCUGACCCUGUUGUUCUUAUAUCUGUCAUUUUGUAUCCAGUGCUGAUUAACCCAAAGGAGACCCGGGCCGAGAUUUCAUCCAUACUUCAGAGGGAAGGUUUUACCACCAAAAUAGUUGUAAAUAUUAGGACAAAACAUUUGUCUGGAAGUCCCAUCAGUUGUGAACAUGCCGCAGAGCUGACCAAUGAACAAAAUAAGUUGAACCUAUGUGUCUUGGUUGUAUACAGUAUGGCGUUUUGGUUUUUAUACAGUACAUUUGAGUCAGCCAUUUCUUUUUAUCUCUGCAGUACACAUGAAUUGUGAAAUCAGUGCUUUUGGAUGGUGUUGGCAUAGCAAGUAGUGACAUCAUGUCAUAUCAGAUGUGCAUAGUCCUUUUUAAAAAACAAAACAAAAAUUAAAAAAAAAUGUAAAACAAAAAAAAGAGGGGAGGGGGGGUGCAUGUGAACCAAUGCAGUAACUGUCUGAUCUGUUUAUGUUUAUAUUCUGGCCUCUGAGCUGCAAGAGGCCUUGAAGUAGACCAAAUAACUAAAGAGCGAAAAAUACCCAUUUUUCACAUUUCUGUCACAGUAUAAGGUGUUUAUAACUAUUCUUCCUUCUCUCUUUCCUUAAUUUUUCUUUACUCAAUGUCCAAGUUGCCUUUCUUUUCUUGCGCUCUCAGCUGUUCCUUUUUAUUUUGUACUGGUAUUUGUGCUGUGCUUUUGCUCUGCUCUGGCGCCUCCUGGUGGAACCUGGAGGAACCUGUGAGUCCCACACCAGGUGGGGAAGGGAAAGGUACUAAACUCUGAAGUAAAGACAGAUUUUUUUGUA